AUGCUGCUCAGAGGAUUAAGAGCCUGCGCUAAGCGUGCCUCGAAGCCGCGCACGACAAACUUGGAUCAAAUUUCGAAGACCACGAAGGAAUUGUUGGAAGGAAGAAGGGCAUUGAGGCUUGAUCCGAAUGCAUCGUAUAUUGAGCGAUUAGUAGCAAACACUAGCUGCAGGAAAGCGUUGCAGGAGGAUCUUUUGAAAUACAGACAGAAGAAGACACAUGACAUCCUACCUUCUGGAAGCAGCACAAAGAAGAACGAGUCUAAAGAAGUGCCACAGGGAUCUCCGUGA